UCUCUCCAAACCUAAACAAGAUCUAGUUUUUUUCCCCUCCUCCUAAUUUUCGAUCUCUCCCUCUCUAGUGUUUUCUUCUGGGUAACUGUUACAACCCAUCACAAUUGUCAUCCGUUUUCAAUCUCAGCACUACAAAGAACUCGAAGCCACCAUUGACAUGCUUCCAUGCUUUGCGUUGAGUUCCAAACGGCGUUAUCAUCAAGGCCAAGGAGGGAUUCUCAAGAAUACGAUAAGGCUCCGGUCACCGUCGCCGAUUUCAGCAACCAAGCACUGAUCAGUUUGGAGAUGGGGAGACAAAUCCCUUCGAUUUCUUUGGUGGCGGAAAAGGACUCGGCAUCGGUGCGGUUGAAUAAACUGGUGGAGCAGGCGGUUGAUAAGGCCGUGCAACCAUCUACUUUCUGGCAGAAGAAAUUUUUGGUGUGUUGAAGCGAAAUAGCUUUCGCCGUGUUUGAGAACAUGCAUUAUGGAGAAGAGUGCAAGAUGUUGCUGAGUUACUUGGCAUGAUGGUUGAAGACCACAAGCGGUUGCAGCCUAAUGUGAAAACCUAUGCGAAAAUGUGAAGACAAAAAUUAUAUUUAGGCCAAAUGUUUCUAUGGCGUUGUUCUUUCAAUACAACACUGCUUUGGGGGCCGCCUUACAAGGUUUUGGUAGAUGCCAACUUUAUCAAUUUCUCUAUCCAGAAUAAGUUGGAUUUGGAGAAGAGAAUGAUGGACUGCCCAUAUGCAAAGUGCACUUCUGGUAUCACAGAUUAUGUAAUGGCAGAGCUUCAAAAGUUGGGUCAGAAAUAUUGUGUGGCUCUGAGGUUGUCCGUGUCAAAAGAAGAGUUACAGCUGUGGGAUGAAGUCUUGAUGUUUAUAUAUUGAUGGGUGCAUCUGUAAAUUUAUAGUUACUACAUUUAUUGUAUUAUACAAUUUAAAAUACAAUAUAUAGUACAAGAAUGUAACCUCAUGAAUUUGCCACUAAUAUUAGUGGCAUUCCAAAACCACUAAUAUCAGUGUGAAUUUAGAUGCUGAAUUUACCUUGGAUUCCGUGAUUCCACUAUUGUUGUAUCAGUGUCUAUUGCCCCAAUGACACCUGCUAUAGAGGGGACUGCUGAUUCCUCAAUA